AAUUGCUUUGCUGCAAGCACGGAAAUUGCUUUCCUUUCGGUUUCCGUUCCUGGCCCAUGUGAGAGACAGGCCGCUGAGAUGAGCGCGAUCCAACCUGGGGAGAGCCUUCUGGCUUUAAGCCAACAGGAAGAACUAGAGGAUUUGCCAAAAGAUUACCCCUUGAGCACCAGUGAAGAUGAGAGGGACGUUGAUGGAGAGAGAAAGCAUCAAAAGCUUCUGGAAGCAAUCAGUUCCCCUAAUGGAAAGAAUAGGUGGAAACUGGCUGAGAGAUCUGAGGCCAUUCUGAAGGUAUCAGAGUUCAGUGUCAGUUCUGAAGGAUCAGGAGAAAAGCUAGUCCUCUCAGAUCUGCUUGAACCUGUUAAAACUACGUGCUCAUUGGCCACUGUGAAAAAGCAACUAAAUAGAGUCAAAUCAAAGAAGACUGUGAAGUUACCCCUUAACAAAGAAGAGGUUGAGCGGAUCCACAGAGAAGUGGCCUUCAAUAAAACCUCACAAGCCCUCUCCAAAUGGGAUCCCAUUGUUCUAAAGAACAGGCAAGCAGAGCAGCUCGUUUUUCCCCUGAAGAGGGAGCAGUCAGCCUUUGCUCCCAUUGAACAUGUGCUCAGUGGCUGGAAGGCAAGAACUCCCCUGGAGCAGGAAAUUUUUUAUUUGCUCUAUAAGAAUAAGCAGCCAGUGACAGACCCUUUACUGACUCCCGUGGCAAAAGCUUCUCUCAAAGCCAUGAGCCUAGAAGAGGCCAAGAUUCGCAGAGCAGAACUUCAGAGGGCCCGAGCCCUGCAGUCCUACUAUGAGGCCAGGGCUCGAAGAGAGAAGAAAAUCAAAAGUAAAAAGUAUCACAAAGUUCUGAAGAAAGAAAAGGCUAAGAAAGCCCUAAAAGAGUUUGAGAAGCUGCAGAAGGUCAAUCCUACUGCAGCACUGAAAGAACUGGAAAAAAUCGAAAAGGCCAGAAUGAUGGAGCGAAUGAGCCUUAAGCACCAGAACAGUGGGAAAUGGGCAAAGUCAAAGGCAAUCAUGGCCAAAUAUGACCUGGAGGCUCGCCAGGCUAUGCAGGAACAAUUGGCCAGGAACAAAGAACUGACACAGAAGCUCCAGGCAGCCUCCCAGAGUGAGGAAGAGGAGGGAGAUGUGGAGGAAGAGGGUGAACUCCUUGUCCCUGAUGCAGUGAAUGAAGUACAGAUGAAUGCAGACAGAGGGAACCCCUGGAUGUGCAGGAAUUACUCCAGUGAUGCUAAAGAGCACAAAAUGGAGAAGGACCCCAAAAAAUUUCCAGAGCCUGUGGCCCCCAAGGCUUCUGAAAGUGAAGAAGAAGAAAGACCCCUGGCAGAGGAAGAAAUUUUGUUAAAAGAAUUGGAGGAAAGGCGAUUGCUUAGAAAAAUGUCUGGGCUCAACCAGAACGCCAAGCUGGAGGGCAGACGAGAAACAACAGAUUCUAGCAGCCAGGAAGUGCUGUCACAGAAACUCAGCACGGAAAACCAUGAAUCCAGGAAGCAAAAAGUGAAUUCAAUUCUGCUGGUCCAGAGAGAGGAACCUAAUAAGGAAGAAGAGCCCCUAUUGUUCCAGAGGCCAGAGAGAGCACAGACUCUGGAAGAGCUAGAAGAGCUGAGUAAAGAAGGGUGUUUUCAAAAUAAGGAGCUUCCCAGACCUGUGUUACAAGGAGAGUGGAUACAGAGGAACCCAAAUAAUCAGCCUGAUGCCCCCAAAGAGAAGAAAAGGCAGGAGCAAAUGAUUGAACUGCAGAACCUCCUUACCACAAAGUCUCCUUCUGUGAAGCCUUUGGCAGUUCCAAUGACAACAGAGGAGUUGGAAGACGAAGAGGAGAGAGCUCAAAAGCAGCUGAUAAAGGAAGCUUUUGCUGGGGAUGAUGUCAUCAGAGACUUCUUGAAAGAGAAGAGGGAAGCUGUGGAGGCGAGUAAGCCAAAGGACGUGGACCUGACUCUGCCUGGUUGGGGCGAGUGGGGUGGUGUGGGCCUAAAGCCCAGUGCCAAGAAGAGACUCCGGUUUCUCAUUAAAACCCCUGAGGGUCCUCUAAGAAAAGACAAGAAUUUGCCAAAUGUGAUUAUCAAUGAGAAGCGAAACAUCCACUCAGCAGCUCAUCAGGUGUGUGUGAUUCCGUACCCGUUCACCCACCAUCAACAAUUUGAAAGGACCAUCCAGACCCCUAUAGGAACUACAUGGAACACCCAGAGAGCCUUCCAAAAGCUGACUAUGCCCAAGGUUGUCAUCAAGCCAGGCCAUAUCAUUAAGCCUAUAAAAGCAGAAGAUGUGGGCUACCGGUCUUCCGCAAGGUCAGACCUCUCUGUCAUACAGAGGAAUCCAAAACAACUCUCCAUACGUCACAAAAAACAGCUGAAGAAAAACUCUAUAGAUUGAGUUGCUUAAGGAGUCACAUCUUGGUUCCCAGAACCAGGCACACCAACUGCUCUUCCAUUGGCCUGGUUUUAUUCCAAGCUGCAGGACAAAUUCCAAAACUGGCUUAGCACACUGUGGAUGUAGUUACACCACAUUUUAAAAGUAAAGGCAUUUUUAACUAUU